AUGUCUGCACAGGUCCUCGCCACUGUUAGUGAUCUUAUCGUCUCCCAUCCCUACCUCACUGCCCUCCUUGCCCUCCUCACCUACAUCAUAGUCCAGCACACGCGCUCUUACCUCUCUUUGUCGCAUAUUCCUGGCCCACCACUUGCGCACCACACUACCCUCCCUCUCAUCCGUGCCUGCCUCUCCGGCCACACUGCGUCCUACCUCUCCACCAUCACCGCCCAAUAUGGCCCUCUUGCACGUAUCGGCCCCGAUCACCUCCUCACCUCCGACCCCGCAACCAUCCAGCGCAUGAGUGGGGCAAGAAGUCCCUAUCGCAAGAGCUACUGGUACGGCGCAAUGAAGUUCAAGCCACGUAGUGAGAAUUUGCUGUCAGAGAGGGACGAGGCGAGGCAUGAGGCGCUGCGGCGAAAGAUGGCGGGGGCGUAUAGUGGCCGAGAGGUGGGCGUGGAGGGAGUUGUGGACGAGCGCGUGGAAGAGAUGGUAAGCCUGAUCGAGAAGAAGUAUGCGAUCAGCAAAGAGACGAGUGGUCCCAGCGCAGAGCGAAACUAUCUCAACGUUGCCUUGAUCACGCAAUACUUCACUGUCGAUGUAAUCUCGCAUCUCGCAUAUGGCGUUCCCUGGGGCGACGUCGCUAGCGAAACUGACAAGUACGGAUAUAUCGAGGCGAGCGAGACGAAUAUGCCGACUAUUACCGCGAUGGCACUCCUUCCUCGCUUACUGGCGUUCUUUGAGAAAAGUUAUAUUUUGGACUGGCUAAGUCCGGCGACACAGGAGAGUGUUGGGUUGGGGAUGAUAGUUAAUGCGACAGGCCCGAUCAUCCGUGCGCGAUUAGCUAUGGGGAAGGAACACCAGGAGAAAGAUAUGUUGGGAGCAUUUAUUCGGAGUGGGUUGGGAAGAGAAGAGCUGGAAAGUGAAUCUACGCUACAGGUACUUGCGGGCUCGGACACGACUGCGACAACGAUACGGGUUGGACUGUUGUAUAUCUGCUCUAAUGCAUCCGUGUUACGAAAACUACGUGCGGAAUUCGACAGUGCUGAGAUUUCGAGCCCGAUUACUGAUGCCGAGGCCCGCAAACUUCCAUAUCUGCAAGCAGUCAUCAAGGAGUCGAUACGAAUUGUGCCACCUGUGACGGGCAUGUUCUCGAAGGAAGUACCCCCAGAAGGGGACAUCAUAUGCGGGAAGAAAGUUCCAGGAGGGACGCUAAUAUCUCAAUGCUCACUUGCAAUUCAACGCCACGAAGUUUUCGGAACCGACCCUGAGAGCUUCAUUCCGGAGCGCUGGAUAGGUAUAUCGCCGGAACAACACCAUGAGAUGUCUCAGACUGUAGAUCUCGUUUUCGGCUAUGGCAAGUAUCAAUGCCUUGGAAGACCAGUAGCGCUACUCGAGCUGAACAAAGUGUUUGUUGAGUUGUUGAGGAGGUUCGACUUUACAGUGCGCGAUCCGCAAAAUCCGUGGGAUGCUAAUAACGCUGGGCUGUGGUCUCAUCGUAAUUUCCUUGUGAGCGUGUCGCAGAGACAGGACGUCCAAUGA